GCUGCGCCACGACGGGAACUCUUGAUUUUAAAUUGAGUCCAAUUAAAAGAUUUUUUUUCCUCCCCACUCCCUCCCAGCUAUAAUCAGGUGUGUGUGUAGAGCCAAAAACUGGAUUUUAUCAGGAUGAUAGAUUUGCCAAGAGUUCAACAAAGUGAGGGGGAGCAAGAGAAUAGAGAGCAUAUGCAAGGGAGGGAUUAAAAUAAUUGAGUAUAGACUUGAUGGAUAAAGAGAAAAGUGAAAAUGUCCAGAGGGUGGGGCCAGAGAAAAGUUGGCAAGAUUUUGGAUUUGGAAUCCUGGUGGGGGGGUAGGGGUUUGGGGGGUUAGAGUACUAGAGGGAAUGCACUAGAAGGAUAGGAUAGAUGUGAUCAGAGAGCAGAUUGAUGAAAUAGAAUUCACACGUGGGGUGCAGUUAUUGCCAAUGACAAGUUCUAGUGGACGAGUGAGUGGCUGAAAAAGGACGGAGGACAAAACCACUGAACAAGACAAAUCAAGGAACUUAAAUAGUUCCUUGUAUUAGAAAGAUCAUCAUUUAUCUACAUGUAUUUUAAGUCACCAAGGAUUAAGACAGCGUUUGCACUUGAAAGAAUUACAGUAAGCAGGAGCUAUAUGGUCUAAAAAUGAGGAGGCAGAAUUGAGGAGGGGGAGAGCAGUGGAUGACCGCAACAGUGAAGAGUGAUGAGUGAUACAACCUGAUGAUAUAAAAUUGAAAAGUCAAAGGCAGUUUCAGGGAGGGAGCAUGAUCUGCUACUAACUGACAACAAUGAAAACACAAGAAUAUGCAGUCUAUAGAGAUUUCACAUAAUCAGGCUUUCACAUAAAAUUCUUGCUUCUCUGUAAAUCAGAAGAUCUGGAAAAGCAGGUCUUGCUGACGGAUUCACUCAGCCACAGUGAUUUCCUAGCUCCUUUGCGUAUUUGAGUUUGGCUCCCCUGUUCCAGCAAUUCAAGUACUUAAUUGCCUCUGUGUUGCUCAGCUUGUACAAAGCAGUAUAAGGUAGUCCCUUUGAGGGGUAUAGGGCUUCCUAAGCGUGUAGAGAUGGAAAGGAAUUUGAGCACUGAAAAAAGGGAUAUAGAAAUUCUCGCCCAAACGAUAUUAGCUUUACCAAUUUCCAAGUAUACUUUGUGGAAUACUUUGGGUGAGAACGACUAGGAAAUUUGAGCAGGUAGGAAAUGAUGGUGCAUCAUCACUGUUGACCUCUAGGGCGCGCCAUCCUCCCAAGAGUCCGAAAUCUGCAAGGUGGCCAAUAGGUGUGGCUAUUUUUCAGCUGAUAGCCAUCAUCCCACUUUUCAUUCCUUUAGGUUGGGAUUCUUUUCACCACUGAGCAUCUCCUCUUUUUGUCAGUAGUAUUUGCAUCAUGUCUGCGGUGGGAUAUUACAGCAUAAACAGUGGAAGAUUUCAAAACAAUAGCCAAUUUUACUUAAACUCCCUGUUUAAAGCAAGAGGAAGAUCCUGUGAAGCACUUUGAGGAAGGAAAAGAUGGUUGAAAAAUGUUUCAUCAGGAAAGCCCGGGGAGAAAAGAAGGUGGUAAAACCAAACAGCAGCAUGGAGAAGGGACAGCCUCGUGAAGAAAACGUCCACAAUUUUAUUCCACUUUAUUCUCUCUUCUGUUUUUCCGUUGUUGGUAUCCAGGUCCAUCUCUUCCAAUAAUCAUUAAGACAUGCACAUUUAUCUGUUUAACUUCGGUGAAAGUUGGGAGGGAAAGGUGCCAAACGUUUAGAGCAGUUGCCUUCAGCUGAAUGAGGCUGUAAGUCAUUAUUUUCCUCUUUCAGUUUUUCUGGGUUUUCCAAAUGUUCCUCAAGGAACAGGGUAAAACGAAAUACGUUUUUUAAAAAGACGUCAUGACAGGUCAUCUCAUAUCCAUCCAGGCCAGGCCGAGAGGGUGGCGGACUCUUCAUCAGUUCUGCGCUUCUGGUUUUUCUCCAGCUCUCACUCUUCGCUUGGCCUCGUCUGGUCACGUCCCAAAGCCGCAGGAGCGAAAGGACUGUCGAAAACUGAAAGCCCGCGAGAAGGCAGAAGCCGCGACCGGGCGAAACCGCCGCCGAGCCGGCGUCCGCGGGGGCUCUCCCGGGAGCGACGCUGUGCGUCACGGGGGGCCCGCCCCCCGCGCGGCCGGGGCUAGGCGUGUGCGGCUGUCUUGGCCGCCGUCGUGGAAGCAGGAUUUCCGCGGUUGUGUAACGGCAACGCGCGGCCGCGGAGAGGCUAGCGCUCCCCAUCCCUCCCCGGCCUGGCCCCUGGUCUCCAGCGGCGCAGCCAUGGCCUGGACGGCGGCGGGGAGCGGCGGGGCCCGCGGCGCGCUCUCGGCGCACACGCUGCUGUUCGACAUGCCGCCCACGCUCCUGGGCGAGUUCUGCGCGGUCCUGGACAGCUGCGACGGCGCGCUCGGGUGGCGCGGUCUUGCGGAGCGACUUUCAAGCAGCUGGCUGGAUGUUCGUCACAUUGAAAAAUAUGUAGACCAAGGUAAAAGCGGAACAAGAGAAUUGCUUUGGUCCUGGGCGCAGAAAAACAAGACCAUCGGUGACCUUUUACAGGUUCUCCAGGAGAUGGGACAUCAUCGAGCUAUCCAUUUAAUUGCAAAUUAUGGAGCAGCCUUGAAUCCUUCAGAGUGGAAUCAUCAGGGAAAAAGAUUCCCAAACGUGUUAUCCAAGGAAAUAGCCAAUGUCACAGUGGCUAAUGCUCCUAUUCCUGAACGUAAUGAAAAAGGAAUAUUGCUUAAGUCCUCCAUCAGCUUUCAGAACAUCAUAGAAGGAACCAAAAAUUUCCACCAAGACUUUUUAAUCGGAGAAGGGGAAAUUUUUGAGGUAUACAGAGUGGAAAUCCAAAACCGAACAUAUGCCAUUAAAUUAUUUAAACAGGAAAAGAAAAUGCAGUGUAAGAAACAAUGGAAGAGUUUUUUAUCUGAGCUUGAAGUUUUACUGCUGUUUCAUCAUCCAAACAUUCUGGAGUUGGUUGCAUAUUUUACGAAGAGUGAGAAGUUUUGCCUGGUUUAUCCGUAUAUGAGGAAUGGAUCCCUUUUUGACAGAUUACAGUGUGUAGAUAACACAGCCCCACUGUCUUGGCACGUCCGCAUCAGUGUAUUAAUAGGAACAGCCAAAGCCAUUCAGUACUUGCACAGCAGGGAACCAUGCUCCGUCAUCUGUGGCAGUGUAUCAAGUGCCAACAUACUUCUGGAUGAUCAGUUUCAACCCAAACUAACUGAUUUUGCCAUGGCCCACUUCCGACCCCACCUCGAACAUCAGAGCUCUACCAUAAGCCUGGCGAGCAGCAGCAGUAAACAUUUGUGGUACAUGCCAGAAGAGUAUAUCAGACAGGGCAAACUCUCCAUUAAAACAGACGUCUACAGCUUUGGAAUUGUAAUAAUGGAGGUUCUGACAGGUUGUAAAGUGGUGUUAGAUGAGCCAAAGCAUAUCCAGCUGAGGGAUCUCCUUAUCGAAUUGAUGGAGAAGCGAGGCCUCGAUUCAUGUAUCUCAUUUCUAGAUAAGAAAGUGCAUCCCUGUCCUCAGAAUUUUUCCGCCAAGCUGUUCUCUCUGGCAGGCCAGUGUGCGGCAACACGGGCAAAAUUAAGACCAUCAAUGGAUGAAGUCCUGACUGUUCUUGAAAGUUCUCAAGCCAGCUUGUAUUUUGCGGAAGAUCCUCCCACAUCCCUGAAGUCCUUCAGGAGUCCUUCUCCUCUGUUCUUCGAUAAUGUGCCAAGCAUUCCAGUGGAAGAUGAUGAAAACCAGAAUAAUCCAUCACUGCCUCAUGAUACAGGUUUGAGAAAAGAUAGGCUGGCCCAGAAAACUCCAUUUGAAUGCAGCCAGUCCGAGGUGACGUAUCUGGGCUUUGACAGAAAAUCAGGGACCAAGAGGAAUGAGGAUGCCUGCAACGCGGCCAGUUUUCCUUGUGAAGAAAGCUCGUCUUCUGAGCACGCGGCUCCAUCCAAGGACUCCAGGGCCAGUCCUGUGCCUAUGGACUCUUCUGCAGAAGUGCCAGGCCAUUCCUGUAGGAGCAGCAGGCCAGUGCAGACCAGCUCUUCCUCUGAGGUUUCCUGGAGUGAAUGCGAACCGUACAGAAAAGCAUCGGUUUCCACGGAAGACGGGGAAGAAAGCAAGUGUUGCUGAGCACAGAGUGGGCUGACAUUUUGUUUUAGCAAGACCAUUGCCUCACGAUCAAACCUGGGCUAAAUUAGAACCAGUCGGAAUUACCUAAGGUCACGGACGCUGACUUCAGGCAAACAAAACAAUACCUCCCACAAAGGAACUGGAUUCCAGUGUCUUCUCCAUCAACAUUCCCGUGAGUCCUCAGAGCCUCCAGUCUGCAGAGUACGGUCAGUUCAGCUGGGUUCCAUUGUUUUGGGUUUGCUUGCUUGAGAAGGUCGUAAGAAAUGCCUGAUUCGUAAAUGUUGAUAGAUACCUUUUAAAAGAAUUGCCUUUUUGCUUGUUUCGGUUGACUCUUAGUCUGUUUCUGUUCAUCUCUGUCAAAUCUGCCUGUCUGAAGAUAAGCCAGGUUCACCCUUGGCCAUGACAUACCCCAAAUCUGUAUUUCUGUAUUUAAAUGCUUAGGAUAAUUUUAUUUCAUAUAAUACAGUUGUUGACUAUUAUUACAAUUAUUAAAGCCAACUUAGAGACUACUAUAUCCCGAGUAAAAUGUAUAAAAUUUUAAUCAAGUAAUUUUUUGUUCCUAAGAAAAUGGCUGAUCACAAGGGCCUGGAUUGGCUUUUUGUUUGUUUCCAAUUUUGUGCCUUCACCUGACUGUUUACUGGAUCUCCCCCUUUUGAAAUCCCACCCUAUCUUUUAGGGUCCACCAUAAGUUCCAUCCUCCAGAAAGCUUUCCUAAUCUCUCCAGCCAGUAGUGCUCACUUUAUCAACAUUUCUGUAGCAGAUUUUUAUUUAAAAAGUUUAUUGAAGUGUGGUUGAUUGACAAAUGUUGGUUUCUGGUGUAUAGCAAAGUGUUCAGUUGUCCAUUCUUCUUCAUUAUGGUUCAUUACAAGAUACUGAAUCCCGUUCCCUGUGCUAUGCAGUAGACCUUGUUUUUUAUCUAUUUUACAUAUAGUAGUGUGUCUCUGCUCAUCCCAGAUUCCUAAUUUAUCCCUCUCCCACCCCUUUUCCCCUUUGGUAACCAUAUGUUUGUUUGCUCUGUCUAUGGGUCUGUGUCUAUUUUGUAAAUAAGUUCAUUUGUAUCAUCCAUAGCAGUUUCUUUGCGUUUCUGUUUUAUACUUGUCAUUUUAUGAAUUAUAUCAAAGUUGCAUGUAUUAUCUCCCUUACUAAAUUAUAAACUCCCUGUAUGAGCUGCCUAUCCUUGCUGUAACAAACCAUCACAAAUUUAGUGGGUUAAAACAACGUAAUUAUUUUACAGUUUUGGAGGUCUGAAGUCCUCGGCCUUCCUCCUGGAGACUCUAGGGGAGAAUUUGUUCCCUUGCCUUUUCUGGUGUCCAGAGGCUGUCUGAAUUCUUUGGUUCGUGACUUCUUCCUCCAUCCUCAAAGCCAGCAAUGUAGCAUCUUUAAGUCUAGAUCUCUCUUUCUUUCUCUUGGAACACUUCUUUGUCACCUCUGUCUCUUUGGCCCGCCAAAGGAUCCUGGUGAUUGCAUUGGGGCCACUCAGAUAAGAAAAUCUCCGUAUCUAAAGAGCUUUAAUUUAAUCACAUCUACAAUGUCCCUUUUCUCCUAUAAAGUCAUAUAUUCACAGGUUUCUGGGAUUAGGACAUCUUUGGGGGGCCAUCACAUUUUCUGACUGUGUUGGUCCAUCUGUUCGGGGCCUAGCAUGUUCACCUGUACAGAGCAGGUGUUUCCUUAUAAGUUAAAUUAAAUUACAUAAUCUCUAUGAACCCACAUAAUAAAAAAAUCAGUUAUAUUAAACAUUCCUGAGUAAUAAAGUGAGGAUAAUGACUGUCUUUAUGAUGUUGGACAGGACUACUCCUUGAAAAUCAUUUCCGAGGAUUUGCAGAAUCUCCCUCUCUGGGAUGUUUAUAAUAAAAGAGCAUGGAGUUCCUGUUGUGGCUCAGUGGUUAAUGAACCCGACUAGCAUCCAUGAGGAUGUGGGUUUGAUCCCUGGCCUUGCUCAGUGGAUUGAGGAUCUGGCGUUGCCAUGAGCUGUGGUGUAGG